UGAACAUAAAUUAUUUGGCCCAAAUUGUUUAGAUGGGCCGGAAACCAUCAAAACUAGCCCAGGGUUUUACUCUCUUCCCCUUUCACAGUCGCUCCAUCAUCCUUACCGGGUUACUUCCGAUUUUUGCAUCGAAGAAAUAUCAAUUUCCAGAUAGAAUUUUGCUGUUGAUAGUUGAAUUGAAAAGGUUCUUGAAACUGAUUAGGUCUUGAACGAAGGAGAAACUUGUAGGAUCAAAAAAUGGCUCCGAAGGCCAAACCCAAGGCUGCUCCGGCCACGGCGACGGGGUCGGGGAGUCCGGCGGUUUCGAUUGAAGAUCUAUUCACGACUCUUAAUCGCCAUAUCCAGGAAUAUAAGUACAGUCAGGCUGUGAAAGUUGCAGAUCAAGUGCUAUCGAUUGCACCUAGCGAUGAGGAUGCCGCACGUUGUAAAGUUGUAGCAUUGGUCAAAGACGAAAAGUUCGAUGAAGCUUUACGGACAAUUCAGGAAGUGUCCAAGAAGAUUGCUGUUGAUUUUAGCUUUUUAAAGGCUUACUGCUUAUACAAGCAAAAUAAGUUGGAUGAAGCAUUGGAUUUGUUGAAAGGACAAGAGGAGACUCCUGAAACUUUAGUUUUAGAAGCUCAGAUCUUGUACCGUCUCGGAAAAGUCGAUGCUUGUGUGGAUAAUUAUCAAAAGCUCCUUAAAUCCAAGAUUGAGUCUUUGGAAAUUAACGUUGUUGCUGCUUUGGUUUCUGCUGGAAAAUCUUCUGAAGUCCAAGGAGUAUUAGACUCUAUGAGAGUUAAAGCAACAAGCAGUCAUGAUUUGGCAUAUAAUGUAGCCUGCUCCAUGAUUGAAAGGGGCCAGUAUAAAGAUGCAGAGCAACUCCUUCUAUCAGCUCAAAGAAUUGCUCAAGAAGCUUUGGUGGAAGAUAAUUAUGAAGCUGAUGAGAUAGAAAUUGAGUUGGCACCUAUAAAUGUUCAAGUAGCAUAUGUUCAGCAGAUCCUUGGAAACACGGAAGAAGCUCUUGCAUCCUAUGCCAAUAUUUUAAAGAGAAAUCUCGGAGAUGAUGAGUUGACUCCUGCUGUGGCGAUAAACAAUCUUAUUGCAUUGAAGGGUCCUAAAGAUGUCUCGGAUGGUCUUAGGAAACUUGAUAGGUUAAGUGAAAAGGUUGAUGGACAACAAAGUUUCAAGAUCAACCACACUCUUGAUCUAAGGCUUUCCACAAAGCAGAGAGAAGCAGUGUACACCAACCGCGUCUUGUUACUACUUCAUUCGCAUAAACUGGAUCAGGCCCGAGAACUAGUUGAUACACUAUCUGGCAUGUUUCCAUCUAGUGUAACACCUGUACUUCUUCAAGCUGCCGUGCAUGUGAGAGAAAACAAGGCUGGAAAAGCCGAGGAGAUACUAGGACAAUUUGCGAAAAAGUUCCCGGAAAAAUCAAGAGUUGUGUUGCUUGCAAGGGCACAGAUUGCGGCAGCUGCAGGCCACCCUCAAAUUGCUGCUGAGUCUUUGGCAAAAAUAGAUGACAUCCAGCACAUGCCCGCCACAGUUGCCACUAUUGUGUCUCUCAAAGAACGAGCUGGGGAUAUUGAUGGUGCUGAGGCGGUGUUUGAUGCUGCAAUUAAAUGGUGGUCGAAUUCCAUGACCGAAGAUCACAAGCUUGAUAGUAUAACCCAAGAGGCUGCUGCUUUCAAGCUCAAGCACGGGCGGAGGGACGAGGCAGCACGUCUUUAUGAGAAUUUGUUUAAAAGCUGUGGAAGUAGGGGAGCUUUGGUCGGGUUAAUUCAAACCGCUGCAUAUACAGAUGUUGAAAAAGCAGAACUAUAUGAGAAAAAGCUGAAAGCAGUGCCUAAUUUAAAGGCAAUCGAUAUAGAUGCUUUGGAGAAAACUACAGGAGCGAAGCCUGAAGGGAGUGGUCUCAAUCUGGGAAGUAAUGAACCAAGUGAACCUAAAAGCAAGGAAAAAGCAAAGAAGAAGAGAAAGAGAAAGCCAAGAUACCCAAAAGGUUUUGAUCCUGCAAACCCUGGUCCUCCACCAGAUCCUGAGAGGUGGCUGCCUAGGAAGGAAAGAUCAAGUUACAGACCAAAAAGAAAGGACAAGAGAGCUGCCCAAGUUAGAGGUUCUCAAGGUGCAGUGGUUAAAGAGGCUGGCUCUAACGUGUCGAAAUCUAACCAGACAUCUAGUUCCAAAGGCUCUUCACACAACACAGAGCAACCAAAGGCGUCUUCUAAGUCUUCAAGGAAGAAAUCAAGGAAUUAGAUUGUGGCAUAUACUUCAGUGACUGAGAUUUUGUCUGUGUUUUGUCCUUUUGAGACUGAAAUUGGAUUUUAUAUUUAAUCUUUAUUGGCCUAGCUGAGAUCUGGCUGCUUUGACAGUUUAUAAUUAUCGGCGUGUAGAUCAGCAUUAGAGACCAUGAGGGUCGUCCAUUUUACCUUCCUGAAUGUGCUCUAAGAGGUUUAAAAGUGUACUUUGAGGGAAUUCUCCAUGAAAGACUGUUAUUUAUCCUUCAUUUUCGUAGGGGUUGAAUUUUUUUUUUUAGUACCUUUAAUCACAUGGGUUGUUCUUCAAUUGUUGUGGUUAAUUUUAUGGGGCUCAACUAUACUUCCCUAUAUAUUUAUGAUCCUUCUCAAUAACCUAUUUUUCUUGAAGAGAUGUUACAUCUUUGUUAUAUCUUUCUAUAGUGGUGGUGCUAAAGUGGUGCAAGAGGGGUGGUGCGAGGAGGACAAGUUGAUUCAUUAUUUGGGGAAAAAGUUACUCCCAUUUUUUUUUUAAAGAACUG